AUGGCGGAUAGGUCGUUGAAAGUGGUAUUAUUGGGCGACCAGGGCGUUGGCAAGACGUCGAUCCGGUCGCAGUACGUGCAGCGACACUUUGCGAGCAGUUAUCGGGCCACGGUGGGGGCAAAUUUCCUAUCGUACGGCGUGAGGACCAAGACUGGCGACGUGCUGCAACUACAGAUUUGGGACACCGCGGGACAGGAACGGUUCAACGCGAUGUCGCGAGCGUUCUACCGCGGCGCAGAUAUUGCCGUUCUUGUGUACGACGUGACCAGCGCCGAGUCGUUCUACCAUCUGCAGCGGUGGCUAGACAAUUUUAUUGAGCACUGCAAUAACCCCCGGCCGCGCGUGCUGGUUGUCGGGAACAAGAAGGACCAGCAUGCGGCACAGCAGAUCUCGCGACGGCAGGCGGUGGAGUACGCGCAGGGCAUCACGGCGGGGCUUGUGGACGACGCCAAGCUCAGCGUAUUGGAGACGUCCGCCAAGCAAUACCAGGACGUGGAGAGGGUUUUCCAGCGGUGCGCAGACCUGGGAACAGACAUUCUCCAGCACCUGGAGCCAAUUGAGCUGGAGUUCGACCAGGUGGACCUGACAGCCUCGAAAAAAUCCCAAGGGUGUUGCUAG